CAACAUAAUGUUGCGUCGUCAUCGGUGAGAUGAAGUAGCUGUCAAAUGAUGUGAUAGUGAAAGAGAGAGGGAAAAUAGAUACAAACGUCAAUAGAUAGAACAUAAAACUGUAAACAAAUAUGUACGUGAAAGUUGCUAGAGAGUGAAUGUUGAUAGCGUGGAAAAUUCAACUUAUAUAUUUAAAGGUAAAAAGGUCUGGAUUGAGUUCAGAUUAGAAUAGAUCUGUAAGUACACUGAACAAAUAAACACACAGUAAAAUAAACAAAUAAUUGUUAACAGAUACAGAUAAUUGCCAGACGGGUUUAAUUUGGAGAGUUUCCUGGAUAAAAACACAAAGAUAGUGUGGUUAGGAGACAAUUCAACAAUACCAAAACGAAUACAACGGGAAGAGAAGGGAAAGAUUCGAGCAGAGAAAACAAACAAUUUUUGCGACGUUCUCGAACCACUGAAGCAUGGAACAGAUACAGACUGAUACAAAUGGGCCGAAAAUGAACAAAAAUAACUCGGAUAUGAUGUGGGAAACGUUAGUUGCAACACUAAAUGAAGGAAUAAACAAUCGCAGCUCGACGUUAGAAAAAAUUCUCAACAUGAUAAAACAGAAUCUUACCUAUGACGAUCCGGGGUUAUUUCCGUCUAACUUUUUGGAAGAACAGGAUGAACGGGACACUGUUAAAGCAUACAACUUUUGGUUAUUAAAUCAGUUGAUUCAAAUUUCUUCGAUCGAUGAAUUUAUUGGUAUACAAGGAAGCAACUCAGAUCUUCAACAGACAAUUUUAGCUGCUAGCUUUGUAAAACAACCAUGGUUUUUUUACGAAACUGCGAAUAAAUAUUUGGAUAUGCUGCAGCAGCUGAAUUCAUUAACAUCGGAAAUGAAACUACAACUGGUAAUGUUCCAUGUGUCAGAACAAAACAUUAGUCGGUUAAAUUGUUCUUGUACGUUCGCACCAAUCGAGGUUAAAAACAAGAUCUGCAAAAAAAUGCUUACAGAAAAUUGUUUACUAAUACUGAGUCAGAUCGUUUGUCUUGUAGACGACGGAUCACAUCGAUGUUUACGGGAAAGAUGUGCCGAGCUGGUAUUAGAAACUUUAAACUGUGGGACGGUGGAAGAAAAAAUUUUCAGCCUUAUGUUCUUCUCCAAAUAUCUCAAACUGGCAAGCACAUCAUCAAGAAACUUAGGGCAAUUGAUAGUUGAGGUACUGACAAUUAUUGAAAUAUCAUUGGCUAAACUUGAUCAAUGGAUAAACAAUGAUAUAACUCGGCUUCAAUCAUUGGAACAGUUUAAAACGGCAAUGAUGGAUUUUUACGCCAAGCUGAAAAGUGUUCCAUUUAGUAAUGCACUUGACGAGUGCCGAAAAAUACUUUCUCUCUCUGUUCGGAUUAUCAAAAACUUGCUAUCUAUAAAGAACGAUGGAAUGGACGCCAAAUUAACGCUCUUGGAUCAAAUAAAGACGUUCCUGCAAGUUUUAUUGAAUAAUGCGGGAUCUAUUCCUAUUAUAGAUGGGUUUGAUGAUGUAUUCUCUUUAUCCUACCUGUUUCCGGAUAUCUUGGAUCUACUUGAGCUACCGAUAACCAAUGAAAUACUCCAAUCUGGUCAUUCGAAUAAAAUUGUUUUGAGGAAUGUUAGCUAUAACUGGAGAAAUGCUAUUGCGCUUCUAGAGGACGAUGAAAAAAAAUCGAAAACCGCAAAAAAAAUUUUCAUUCGAAAGAAAAUUGUUCGCUUGGCCGUCAAUGUAACGCACAAUUUUUUACUAUGGACGCAAAGAGAAAAUUUACAAGAAACAGAAUUAUUUGUCUUUGGGGAGCAUUUAACUUCGUUUUUAAAAGCUAUGUUUGUUGAAACGGCGGAAACCGAAAUUAAUAUGGAAUGUUUUAUCCAUAUAGUAGAUGUAUGCCACGAUGUAAUAUUAUUAAAAGAAUUCAAUUUACUAGAAGAUGGUUUACAAAAACAAAUAUGUGGUUGGUUAUUCUUUCCAUUUAAAAAUGAAAUUGAUUUCAACGAAAUAAUGUUUCCUAACAAUGCUUCGGAGAGAUUUAAGAUGGAUGUUCUUACGAGUAACGAUCUGAGAAUUUUGAAAAAACGAUCUCUUGAUCAGUUGUGCGCACUCAGUUGUGACAAUAUGAAUGAAACUGUAUCUGAAAAACUGAAGAAAACUUUGUGGACACUUAUCACUAAUAUUAUAACUUCAGAGAACAUAGAGCAAAAACAAACAUUAUACAGUUUCUAUCAGAACUUACUGCUUUCUGCGAAAUAUGAAACAAACUUUCUAGUCACUGAAAUUCUUUUUCCAGCUCUCUCCAUACCAGAGUUGCAAAUUUCUGUAGUCAAUAAUUUCAGCACUCACUUCUGUUUAAAAAGUAAUAAGUUUCAGUUAUAUCAAGUCAAAAGUGAAACUACAACACUGAAAUGGAAAAUGCGAUGCUUUAUAUGCAAUCCAGACAUGGAAUCAGAUUACUUGAACUCAAAACAGUUAACGCCUACUCAAAUUCGUGAACAGUUUUCCUUGAGUGAAGGUGUUACUAUCGCAUCUAACAGUCACGUAAAGUUUGAUCAAUUUGAACUUUCGGAUGAUAAGUUAACAGAACUGUACAGUUCGAAAAGUCGCGACAUGCAAAUAAUCUUGGUAAAAUUACUUGUAGUUUUACUGAAACACAACGAGAUGGUCACUAAAGAACAUCUAGUUCGCGCUUGGAGUGAACUUAUUAUAUGUGGAAUCGAUGAGGUAUGCAUCGCGUUCUCCAACACAUUUGCAAUUUUAAUGGAGUCUUUGGAGAGUUCGAACCGCAGUAAAGAAGAAAAAACGAAAAUAAUUCAAAUUUGUCUGGACAAAAUUUUGCAAGCAGUUCGUCUAAGUCUAAACAAAACUAAUUACAAUCACCAAUCAGCUGUAAUGACCAUGGUAGUGAAAUUCGCCACAUGCACCGGCAUAGAUGAAGAACGUUUACUGCACUGCAUCAGAAUGAUGUUCUUUUAUUUGAUGCUCCGUGAAUCGGAAGUGCCUCGAGAGGCCGCUUUGACUGUUGAGGAAAUGUGUGAAAACCACGGAGUUACCCCGUCGGAUAUGCUCAAUUGGUACCGUCACGAUAUAGUCAAACUAAUUAUUGCCAUUAGUGCUACUAACUACUGUUGUCAUGGGAUGCCAUUGUUCAAAUCAUUGACGCAUGUGAGUAGAACAUUCCAAUUCGCCGGACCCGUGGAAUUUGCCGCAAAACAUUAUAAAAUUAUUCUAGCAAUGCUCUUGCCAUGGUGUAUUAAGCGCCCAAAAUGUGAAAAACUACUGCAGGAGCUUGCUGAUCUCAUUCGGAACGACAAAACUGUGCUACUUUCAAGAUCAUUUCUCACCAUCUAUCCAUACCUCUUCAUCAACGAACCAGCCAAUAUUACAAAUCAGUGUAUCGAUUACAUUAUGAAAAACACUGGAAAUACCCUAGUGCAUUUACUCCAAUCCGACAUCAAGAAAACAGUGUCCGAGAUUCUCAUCUUUUACCACAUCAAUGCGGAAUGUGUUCUGCAUGCAUUUCGCAGUUUGCUUGCGAAAGAUGAUUCUCAGGAUAUUACCACCACUAGGAUGGCUGACUACAUUUCUAAUCGAUUUCUGGGAGUAUUGACAUAUUUCGAAGCCUCACUGAUUAAUCUGGAGAACGAAAAAGCGUUGAAACGAGAAACGGUUUUAAGCCUAGGCGAAAUAAUUCGUUUACUAGGUGGCCAUCUCAUUACGCCUUUUCGGUUCAAGAUCAUUGCUCUGUUAAAAACUACGUUGGCCAUCGAAAAACCGGAUUUAAAAGAUAUAUGUAUCAAGGUGUGGCGCAUUUUUAUUUGCACUGUGGACGUUCAACAGUUAGGCCCUUUACUUAGCACAAUAUUUGUUUCGCUUGAACAAUUCAUCGAUCAAUUUCCAGAAGAUAUAAACUAUAUAUUUCAUUACCUGGUUGUACAAAAUAACAGUUUGUUAAGUCAACAUAUAUCGGAUCUGUUCUUUCUUGAUCAAACUAAAGUGGAUGAUGAAAUUAAAAAGAUUGUUGUUGCUCAGAAAAGAAACGACCGAGAUCGAGAUCAGUUUCUGUUAAGAUUUGCUGAACUUGUUAAGCAUGUCAAUCACGAGAAUCUGUCAGUAAAAGUUUAUGGUUUGAAAUAUCUUAAACAACUUUUUGCCGAAAACCGUCUCAAGCUGAAUGACGCCAUCGUUGGGCAGUUGACAUUCAAUCCAAUGGUAGAAAGUUUAUUGGAUAACCUCAUUAAAAGUUGUAGCGAUAUUGAUGUCAAUUAUAGGUUAAGAGCAUCGGAAUGCAUUGGAGAGCUUGGAGCUCUUGCACCUAGUUAUUUACCACCAAAUUACGCGCCGCAGGAUAGUUUUGCAUUGAGUAUCCAUUCGGAUGCAUUUGCUACAAUGGCACUAGCUGAGCUUUGUCGCGCUUACCAAUCUCAAAAAGAUACAAAAUUUGUCGAUAGCUUUUCAUUGGCAAUUCAAGAAAUUUUAGUGGAACGAGAAGUAUCACCAGUCAGGGGUCAAAAGCUAGAAGUAUGGGAAGCGAUUCCGGAACGUUUGCGUCCAAUUAUGGAGCCUCUACUAACUUCAUGCUAUACUGGAUUGACAAGAAUAUCAAGUCUCGAAUGUCAUCCUAUAUUUGGUAGUUCAAAAGCUCAAACAUGCCAAGAGUGGGCCUACAUGUGGGCGACGCAGAUGAUUGAAAAGUUGGAGAAAAGCAAAACACAAGGUGUUCUGAAAUCUUUCCAACCAAGCAUUCGUUGCGACAUCAGCACUAUGACCAUGUUUCUACCGUACAUCCUACUUCAUGCACUGCAAGGAAGCAUAGAAGAGAAUCAAAAAAUGAUUAUCGAAGAGGUGCAGUUUCUCUUCAAUGCAGUUAUGAACAACAACCCGGAGGUCGACAGUCCAGAGCAACAGAUUCAUUACAUUCGAGGUUUACGGACUAUGCAGUUUAUGUCAAUAGAACGUAAGUUAAACGGAUCUACUACCGACAUGUCUUACGAAUGUGCAAAAUUAACAUUCACGUUGCUUGAUUUUCUCGAGAAAUGGAAACGGCAAUGGUUGAAAGUUUACAAACUUGAUUCAAGUAAAACAGAUUUUCAUAACGUUGACAAUUUUCUACGGCAACUCGACCGUGAGAUGUUAGCCAAUAUUAAUUUCAAGUGUCAUCAAUACGCUCGAUCUCUUAUGUACCUGGAGUCAUUCAUCGAAGAAGAACCACUUCGGUUGCAGCAGAAUUUAGGUAUGUUGGCAAGAAUUUUUACACAUCUGAAUGAUUCGGAUUCGGUUGAAGGAGUUAUGUGUUUGAAAAUGACUGAACCAACAUUAACGGAACAAAUUCUUCUGCACAACGCAUCUGGUCAGCUACAUCAAACUGCGGCAUGCUAUGAACGUAUGCUCCAGGUUGGCGAUAUGAGUCCAUCGGAUAUUCAUAAUAUGGUGGAAUGUUACCUUCGUUUAGAUCAACCGGACACGGCCUUACUUCUGUCGGAAAGCUUACUGAACAAGUACCACGAUCAUAAUGUGCAUUCGUUGCUACAAGAAAUCAAAACUGAACCAUUGUAUCGUUUGGGUCGAUUCGAAGAACUAGAUGAACUACUGGAAUCACCUUUGGUUCAAGAAAGUGAUAGCUGGGGCGUGAUUUGUGGAUCAUUGAUGGUCAGUUACAGAAAAAAUGAUCAUAAUUUGUUUGUGCAAAAAUUGGAACAAGCUAGAUUAGCAGUAUUAAAAAGUUUGGGGAAUGUUGAUUUGAAAUUGAGUGCAUACGAAAAAGGAUAUGAACAAGUUCUUAAACUGCAUAUGAUCACCGAAUUUGAGAAGUGUGAGCAAAUCUUAGAGAGUGUUCGUUUAAGGGGCGGACUUCAUAGAUGUAACUACGAGAUACAACACCUGAUUGAAAAUUUCGAAGCACGCUUAGAGUUGCUACAACCUAACGCAGCAACGAUGGAACCGAUAAUAAGUCUUCGCAGAAUUUUACUAAAUGAAACAAAAGUACUCAUCAAUGGGAUGACUUUCAAUACCAGUGAAGGUGAAAUCGUUAGGGAAAUCAAUGAAACCAUAGAUGAUCAUAUCGGAGAAUUAUGGAUAAAAAGCACUGAACUAGCAUCAAGAGCGAAAUUAUUUCAACAGGCUCAACUUUAUAUUCUACAUGCCGAAAGCUAUAAACCAAAAGAGCUUUUUGUUAAGAAGGCUAAGUUAUUAUGGGAAAAACGCGAAAUGUCAACUGCUUUAAAGGUUUUGGAGCGAGGGUUGGCUGACAUAUUGGAGAAAGCAAAUAUAAAAGAGGUGAAUUUACUACAAAAGGAAGAUAGAAAUGUCUACGCACAAGGCAAACUCCUUGUUGCCAUUUACAACGCCGAGGCCUCCAAUGUUUCAGCAAGCGCUAAUCAAAAAUGCUUCAAAGAGGCUGUUCUAGCAAACCCUGAAUCGGAAAAAAGUAUGGUCCACCUUGCUCAAUAUCUUGACAAACUAUAUGUAAACUUCAGCACCGAUGAUCAAGACAGUGCAAAAGGAUGGGAGUUGCUGCAUGAAGUAAUGACCUACUACGGAAAAUCUAUGAUAUACGGUUCGACGUACAUUUAUCAAUCGAUGCCUAGAGUUUUAAGUAUUUGGUUAGACUGUACUUCUAAAGGAGUUAAUAAUGAUUCACACAGAAAAAUCUGUGCCAAUAUGAACAAGCUUGCGAUGAAAUUGAGCGAAAGCUUGUCACCUUAUUUCUUCUUUACUGCUUUUUCACAACUGAUCAGUCGAGUAGCUCAUCCAUCUGUUGAAGUUUAUCAAGUGUUAAAAGCAAUUAUUGUGAAGUUAAUAUUACAUUAUCCGCAACAAUCGCUUUGGAUGAUGCUCAGUGUAUACAAAUCUUCGUAUGCGAACCGAGUGAAACGUUGCCAUGAAAUUUUCCAUGAUAAAAAGCUUGCUAAAACGUCAGUUCAGAAAAUGAUCACCGAUUUCAAUGCCCUUGCUGAGAAAUUCAUCGAGUUGACUAAUAAGGAUCUAGUGAACACCAAAGAAACUAAGGUCACCGUAUCUUCGCUUGUGAAAUCCCUGCCAAAAUUAUUCAAUGAUGGCAAAUUAUCUGAUAUUAUGAUGCCAAUACAGAAGUGUAUGCAGCUAGUCCUAGACAAAAGUUCUGCCACGUUUUCUCCGUACUCAAUGAAUCUGGUUUAUAUUCAUGGCAUUCAAGAAGAGGUCAUUAUUUUACAAUCGUUGCAAAAACCAAGAAGAAUUACAUUAAUAGGCCACGAUGGCAGAGAGUACAUCAUGAUGAUGAAACCAAAGGACGAUCUACGUAAAGAUUUUCGAUUGAUGGAGUUCAAUGCGGUUGUCAAACAAUACCUCUAUCAAGAUCCAGACGCUAAACAUCGACGACUUAACAUACGGACAUACGCAGUUCUUCCACUGAAUGAAGAAUGUGGAAUCAUCGAGUGGGUGGAAAAUCUCAAUACAUUCCGUAGCAUAGUUUGUACAUACUACAAACAACGUGGAGUGGGAAUGGGUUCAAAGGAGCUGCGUAAUUAUAAUUACAAACGGCUUGAUCCAUUGCAAACUAAAAAAGACGCAUUUGUGAAUGUACUUCUACCACGUCAUCCAUCGGUGUUCGGAGAAUGGUUCAAAGAUCGAUUUUCUAAUCCACACAAUUGGUUCCAGGCACGCAGCUCAUACAUUCGUACUACUGCCGUAAUAUCAGCAGUUGGUUAUAUUCUAGGCUUAGGAGAUCGACACGGAGAGAAUAUCCUUUUUGACGCUAAAAGCGGUGACACGGUUCAUGUGGAUUUCAACUGCCUAUUCAAUAGGGGAGAGGCAUUUGAAAUUCCAGAACUUGUCCCGUUCCGCCUAACACAUAACAUGGUGAAAGCCAUGGGCCCGCUUGGUGUAGAGGGACUUUUUCGCAAAUGUUGUGAAAUUACUUUAAGGGUACUACAGAACCAGACUCCAACAUUGAUGUCAGUUCUCAAACCAUUUGUAUAUGAUCCACUGGUAUCUUGGAAUAAGAUUACAAAGCACGACGGUACAACGGAACGCACAGAUCCACAAGCGAUGAAUAAUGUAAAGCACAUCGAGGAGCGACUGAAAGGGUUUGUAAAAAUUCAUGGUGCUACUUCUCAAAUGCCAUUGUCUGUGGAAGGGCAAAUUAAUCACUUGAUAAGCGAAGCUACUAGUCUCGAUAACCUUGCGCAGAUGUAUAUCGGGUGGGCAGGUUAUAUGUGAGUGAGAGUUAAAUUGCAUUUGUGAUGCUCAGCUAUUUUUAAAUGUACAUUAGGUGGCUGUAAAAUCACAAUAAAAAUUUUAACAUAGUAAAUAAA